UGUAAACUGGAAGAGGGAGGAGAUUAGAAGUCAAAUAGGAGAACAGGGUGGUUUGAAUGAAGCCAGAGAGAACAGAGAAAUGUGUUUGAGAGAAACUUAAUCCUCAACAAAGAAGAAACAAGAAAAAAUACCAACUAACUCAAGAAAAAGUACAACUAACUCAUGGCUUCAGGAUCUUAACAUUGUAACAUAAGUAACUGUUGGAGUUGAUAAGUUUUACCAGCUUGAUACCCUGAAUGAAACUUAAGACAUCAUCUGAAGACUCUGUUUCUCUCACAAAGAAAACACACAACUUAAGGCAUCAGCCAUGGCGCCCUCUCUCGUUCAGGCCUACAGGAGGCGCUGGUGGAUGGCGGUGACGGCGGUGAUCGAAAACCUUCUGUGUUCGGCCGUGUUGUUGGGAUGGGGCUCUCUUCUCAUCAUGCUGAAGAAGGAGGGCUUCUACUCUCACCUGUGCUCAAAAAACAACUCCAUGGUCGUGUCUUCURAAAACACCACCRAAGGUGCACAUGACUGGCUGUUCUGUGUGGAGCAGGAGGAGAUGCUCAAUCUUGGAUUYACCAUCGGCUCCUUCCUGCUCAGCGCCACGACYCUGCCGUUAGGCAUCCUGAUGGACAAGUUYGGCCCACGUCCAAUUCGGCUGGUCGGCAGUUCCUUAUUUGCUCUGUCCUGCAUCAUCAUGGCUGGUUCUGCUUACAACACUCACGAUCUGUCRGCGCUCAUCUUCUUGGCUCUCUCACUGAACGGCUUCGGAGGAAUCUGCUUGACCUUCACCUCCAUCACGCUGCCCAACAUGUUUGGUUCUCUGAGCUCCACCAUCAUGUCGCUGAUGAUCGGCUCCUACGCCUCCUCUGCUGUCACUUUCCCCGGCGUUAAGCUGAUCUACGAUGCAGGCUUGAAAUUCCAUGUGAUCAUGUGGUYGUGGGCKKGUCUCGCCGGGCUCGUUUUUAAUAACUGUUUCUGGAACUGGCCCUCAGAAGGCUUCCCAACUCCAGACGAGGUCGACUACAGUAAGAUUCUCACGACGCAAGAGGUUCCUUCAUCUGAGCAGAAGGCUGCAGGGGAGARACUGAACCAGAAAAACGGAGAUGUCCGACAUUCCCAGGAGAAGCUYCCCAACGGACCCGACACUGCACCAAACGCUGUUCCCCUCCGGCGGUCCGUUUUCUCCCCCAUCUUCCUGUGGAGUUUGAUCACGAUGGGGAUGACCCAGCUGAGGAUCAUCUUCUUCAUGGGAGCAAUGAAUAAGAUGCUGGAGUUCAUGGUGACCCGGGGUGUASAACACCAACCCGAUGACCUUGUGCKUGAGGCAGAAAACACAGUGGGUUUCUACGCCUCCAUCUUCGGGACGCUGCAGCUGCUGUGUCUGGCGACGUGUCCUCUGAUUGGUUAYAUCAUGGACUGGAAGAUGAAGGAGUGUGAAGAGGAGAAGUGUGACUCUACAGGGAUAGUGAAGAGAGCCAAAAGAGACCGUAAGAUCCAGAAAGUGACCAACGCUAUGAGAGCCUUCGUCCUCACCAACAUCCUUCUGAUCAUUUUUGGAAUCUGUAACCUCGUGGAUAAUCUGCCUCUACAGAUUUUGACGUUCAUCCUCCACACUAUGGUCCGAGGAUUCAUCCACUCCUGCUGCGGCGGCCUCUACGCUGCUGUCUACCCGUCCAACCACUUCGGYACACUGACAGGCCUCCAGUCCAUGAUCAGCGCAGUGGUCGCUCUGCUGCAGCAGCCGCUCUUCAUCGUCAUGGUGUCGCAUCUAAAWGGGAACGGCUACUGGAUCAACCUGUGCCUUCUGAUUGCCUCGUUCACUGGCUUCCUGCUGCCAGGCUACCUGUUUUACCACCGCAGAAACCUGCUGAGGGAACAGAAGGCCAGAGACAACCAGCUUGCCAUUCAGGAGACGGAAGCUCUCAAGUCCACCGAAGCCAACGGCUUCAACAAGCCUCACAGCAACGGCAACGCUUUGACAGACGCUUAGACAGCAGCAGGGCUGAAAAUCAUGGGUCAUUUUAAACGUGUGGCUGCAGAAUAAACACCGGAUUUUUAUUUUAUUUUUUCUCAUUGAGAAAAAAGUGUUUUACCGAUAUGCAGUUGAAACCAGAAGCUAACAUACACUAAAUAAAAAAAGACAUACACACUUUUUCUCACUGCCUGAAGUUAAAUGAGACAAAAAUCCUUGUUUCCGGUCAGUUAGAAUCACCUAAAUGAAAGAGAAAAAUAUGUCAGAUUCAUUAUGAAUGUCUCCAAAAUUAGGAGUAUAAAUAUAGAAUAAUUGCUAUGUUUUUAAACAAUAAUGAAAAGCCCAGGCUUGGGAAACAUCUGAUAGGUUGUGUGACAUGUUUAAGUGGAUGCACUUUAAAGCUUCACACUGCUUUUUUGUUGACAUGAUGAGAAAGUUAAAAGGAAUAUCUGAUAUAUGAUUUCUCUAAUUAUUGUGACAUUUAGCAUACAGAUAUAAUGGUAAUCAAGACUUACCUAAAACAAGAGACAUCUGAUCUGAUUUAACUUUAAGCAUUCUUUUAUUCAGUGUGUAUAAACUUCUGGUUUCAAUAGUAUUAUUUUUCUUUUUUUAGUCAUUGCUAGUGCUUGUUUUUCCUGCCACAAACAGGAACAAACAAACAGGUUUGUUUGUUUGCUAUGAGUCAGAAUUUCUUGUUAUUUGGAGAGACGUGUCAUCAGCUUUUGUUGCUCUUUUAUUUAUUUGGAUUUAGAUCCAAGAGCCAAAUCAGUUUUCAUCUUAAGCCAUAAACCUAAAGAUCAAGCAGAGGCAUGGACAAACUGUGGAUAUCACCGUACUUGAAGUAGUUUCCCCGACAAUCAGUACUAACCUGCGAACACCAAAGAAACAACGAGGUUUUUCGGACAGUUGCAUAAUCUGAUCAGUAUUGUUUUUUGUAUUAUGCAGAAUGUUAUUUGUGCUUUUUCUACUGUAUUCCCAAAGUAAGAAGAAUCUAAGCAAAUCAGGAAAGCCGUAGAGCACGCACCUGCCAAAGUUGAGAAGACUUAUGAGACAUAUGGAGAGGUUUUUGAGAAUUAUGUCCGAGCCCUUCUGAUAAUUUGAACACAAAAAUGGCUGGAUGUUUAGAUACCACAUCUACCUCCUCCUGUUUUGUCCCAUUGUCCACAGGACGCUGAACUCUUUCUAUUAUCUGAUUUUUCUUCAGGUAAAGACUAAAAACAUUUGUAAAUUCCAUUUUUACUUAUGGUCAUCCAUUUGUUUCACUGAUAAUGCUACAACCCAAACAUUUCUGUAAUUUAUAUAUACAUAUAUAUAUAUCUAUAUAUAUAGGAACAAUUUUGUAUAGGACAAUGUGACUGACAGGGGUGAUUCUGACACACAGUGUGUGUCUGAACAGUUUUAAGACACUUUGUAUUGCUUAAUGCACAGAAAUGAACUAGUGUGUGUAUAAUGAGUAUGCAAGUGUGUUUUUUAUACUUUAGCUGCAGUAGCAAUGAAAAGGGAAAUUUAUUUUGUAGAGGGCUUACACUAAAAGUAGCUCAGAUGAUUCUAGGUCUAUACAGCUUUUAUUUCUAUGGUCUUGCAUUGACUUAGAAAAAAAUAUCUUUUUUGUAAAUACAACUGUGGUGUGGCUUGUUACUUUUCUAACGUUUUCAGCUUGUUUUACUAUAAAUAUUGGAGUGUAUAGCAUAGGAACAUAAGGACAACCUGCUGUGGCUUUAGUCUGUUUGCUUGAUGUGAUUUCACAUCUGAUUUUAAAAUAAAAACUGUUUGUAGAAGA